GUGGCUUCCAGUUCGGACUUCUGGGCAUCACCAGGUGCCUCAUUUGCCAACAUUGCUGGCAACUUGACUUUGGCGUUACGGAAUCUGCCGGAAUCGAUUCAGUCAUAUCUGGAUCCCGCUGCGAACCGUCUGGCAUUUGUGACCCAAUACGUCCAAUCGAAGAUAGGCUUGUCUCCGGUAACACUCUACACCACCGCGGGGGCUAUUCUCCUUCUCGGUGCGAUACCCGCAGUCACAACACGCAGCCGACGGGGUAGCAAGAGACUGGGAAGCAUGCCCCGCUAUGGGUUCUCAAGUCGCUGGGCCGACUCCCCCUUCAGCUCCCAGGACGGCGUCCCGGAUGUGACGUCUGAGGACUACAGCUACAUCACCUCACUCGAAAUAGAGGACCAUGGACUCGACAUUCCUCGGCCUUACGCGGGUUCGUCUCACGUCGACGACCCGUAUUCACACUCCGCUCCAUCCCCGACCUACGCCAGCCUACAGCGCCCGGAAGACGACAUCCUGCUUCUCACGCAUCAAGGCGUCACGUAUCCUGAGCACUUUCCAGCGUAUUCGAUCGGCGACGGAAAGCUUUUGGUCAGUGACCUACGCGAACGUGUAAGGAUAAUAUUGGACCUAUCGGAGCGGCAGGCGAAACGGGUCAAGUUCUACUACAAAGGCCGGCGUUUGAAGAAGGGCGACAUGCCGGUUUGUGACUAUGGCGUCAAGAACAACAGCGAGAUUCUAUUGGUCCUCGGAGAACCGAAUCGUGGCAGUGGUAGCGAGACCAGCGAGGAGGUUGUCGUGGUCGGCCAAGAUGAGCGAAAUCGAUACAAGGUUCCGCAGAGCAAUUCGCCGAGAAUUGGCAGAUCAAGCGGGUGGGAGGACCACAGUCAACGGGUUGGCGGGUCGCAGGCCGGUUUGGAGGUACCGGUGGAUGACGGCAGAAGAAGAGCUUCAUCGAGAGUCCGAACCCGGUCACCCGGGCCCGCAGUUUCCACACCCAGCGCUUCCGACACAGGCCCCGUUUGCAGGCCUGGUGGGCCUACCGAGAAGUUGAACGCCCUAGCCGCCGAGUUUGAUACCACCUGGCUCCCUCAGUGCGUCGAGUUUAUUGAAAGAACUCCCGUGGACCCCAAGAAACGCGACGAAGAGCAUCGCAAACUGUCUGAGAUGGUCCUUCAGAAAAUCAUCAUGAAGGCAGAUGAGAUUGAAGCAACCUCAGAAGAAGGCGCCAGAGCCGUGCGGAGAGCGUUGCUAACGAAGGUGCUCGGCAUCUUGAGCAAGCUUGACCAGGCAAAGGCUUCGGCAUGAGAAACUGUAGCAGGAGCGACAGUUUGCUCACCACCUUCUCCGUACAUGCAUGC